UCUCUUCCUUAUCCCUUACGCGCGGCCUUCUUCUUCAGCCAACCGCGCAGCUUCCUCACGCUCCUCCCAGCCGCGCUGAGAUCCUCAUGGCGCGCCCCUCCCUGCUCUCAGCUCGGCUUCUGCUUCUCCUCCCCUCCUUGCACGGCUAUCUCCCUCAUCCAUUGGCGGCGCUGCUCUCUCUCUCUCUCUCUCUGGUGCUCAGCUCUCCACCGCGCCCUGCCCUCUGCUCGCUCCUCUCUGCCGGCGCCCAAGCCCCAUGCUCGACCGCGCUCUCCCCUGCCUAUCCGAGUUCGCUGCUCCCCAUGGCCACCGCGGCGGCUCCCUGCUCGGCCACUCAUUUUCCUGUGCUCAAUCUCCAGCUCGGCUACUCGGCGCCCAUCUCCCUGGCCGCGCCCUGCUCGGUUGCUGCUCGCCGGAGUUCCAGCCAUGGCCGCCGAGCUUGGUCCCUGCUCCUCCCUGCGCGCACCCCGGCCCUGCUCGGAUCCUCGCCGUCGAUUCCGUACGUGAAUUAACCACGUGAUGCGGAGAACCAGAGAUGAGUCGACCACAAGAGGAUGGAAAGUGUGGGCUUCUCCACAAGAUGGUGUUGAUAAACGAACCUGAAGAUGGAUAAUCUAAACGAGUGCCAAGACAAAGGAUGGUCGUCAAGUGAUCGACAUCUAACAAACACUAACGUAGUGUUUAUCCCAGGCAAGCCCCGGUGCAUGCAACCCCUUUCCUUGUGUUUUAAAUGAUUUUUACACACUUUAAGUCUAGUGAAAUGUGCAUUAGGUUUAUAGUAGUUGCUUGGAAACCCUUUGAUGCAUUGGCUACCUUGAAAUCCAUUCCUGUUAUAGAUACUUCUGGUGAAGUAUCAAAUAUGAUUUACAAAAUUGCUUAGCCUUGCGUAGAGGUAAAUCUUGUGGCUAGAGGUUGUCCUUUGCAUUAAUGUCUAGCUCAGGGGUUAUCCUGAGGAAGGAUGACUUCUACCUGCAAGAAUAUUUUCAUUGGGAGCAUGGUGGGAUCAUACUGCAAAGUUCCCUUUAAUGCUCUUUUCAUCCUAAGGAAUACAAACAA